AGUCAUUGUACCAAUGUUCAGGUGCCACCUGUGAGACCCUGACAGAUCCGGACCGGUGCUGCUAAUUACCUCUCUGGCGUUGUAAAAUUGCAGAAGACAGCCAGUGGACAACCGUCCGAUUGCUAAAUCCAACACCGGAGCUGUCCCACAGCACAGCCAUCUCUGCUAUCUCUACUCUUUGCGGAAUUGAUGACUAGGACGAUUCAACACGGUUCGUCGUUCUAGGGUUUUGUUUCAGUCACCAUCGCUCAACUCUGAUUUGAAAUCUCAAAAAUUCUUCGUCUCCAAUGGCGUCCAGUUCGCAUAGAGGCGGUGGUUUCUAUGGCGCUGCUCCCUACAGAUCGAGAGAAGGGCUUAGCACGAGACAAGUCGGUAAUUCUGAUGAAAUCCAAUUGCGGAUUGAUCCAAUGCAUGGCGACUUGGAUGAUGAGAUUACCGGUCUCCACAAACAAGUUAGACUACUAAGAAACGUAGCUCAAGAGAUAGAAUCAGAGGCAAAGUUUCAGAAUGACUUUCUCAAUCAGCUGCAAAUGACACUGAUAAAAGCUCAAGCUGGGGUGAAGAACAACAUGAGGAGAUUGAACAAGAGUAUCAUCCAGCAGGGGUCAAACCAUGUUAUCCAUGUGGUUCUUUUUGCACUUCUCUGUUUUACUGUGGUCUACUUCUGGUCCAAAUUCUCUCGAAGAUGAGGUUUGCAAUCCUGCAGCAGCCUUGCCAUGCCAAGAAUCUUUUUGAAUGAAGGCCAACUAAACUUCUUGGAAGAUCUAAUUCCAGUUUCUUUAUAGAACUAUCCCCAUGGACGUAUCGUCGUAUACAUUGUGAUGGCAUCUUUGAAAAGCAUGGUUCUUGUUUUCCCAGUUUUUACUUCUGAAAUGUACAAAAAAUUCUAGCUGCGGGGAAAAAGGUGUUAAUUGCGUGUGAAAUAUGAGACGGUCUAUCUUGUGAGUAAUUAGUUUUGUUAGUGAAAUUAUAGUUCCAUCCAUAUUUGAUUGUCAGGGAUUUCACUUGAUUGGCUUUCUUUAGUUUUUUUGUUGGAAGCUGUUUUUGAGGCAAUCAAGAAUGUUAAACUUUGUCAAACAGGGACAUGUAGUCUAUAUAUCUGGAUUGAUGCAA